CAGGCUCCCCCCACCCAGGGAGAGGGUGAGACACAGGGAGAGAUCUAUUCUCGUGUAGUGAAAGGAAUGGAAUUCCCGGAGUUCGCUGUUAGCGAAUGUCUGAAAAUCCCAGAGUUGAAAAGCUGGAUUCUGGAUUACUGCGGCCGACAUCGCCUGGAGGAGGCUGUGAGAGUUUGCCUGGUGGGAUUCGGGGCUCAGCUCCCUCAGGACGGGGUGUUGCCCCUUCGCCUGGGCAGCACAGCAUUGUGGAGCAGUGUGACCCACCAAUCGGCAGACCAUUCGCACAGGGUGCUGGACUUUGUGGAGACAGUGCGGCGGCAGGUCCCAUAUCUGAUCGGUUAUCGUCACCACGUCAAGGUCUGCCUCGCUUUCAGAGCAAAGUUGCUGCUGGAGAUGUUUGUGCGGAGACACUGUCUGCUGGACAUCCUUCAGUCACUAGACAACCACUUCCCAAAGAAGCUUCCCAACGACCGGAAAGCGUCAAGGCGAGAUCGGCACAAAGUCCGGCAGUGCCACGAGCAGUUUCGUAAAUUGGUUUUGUUGCUGAUCCGGGAUGACCAAUAUCGCAAGCAGUUUCUGGAGGAUGAGAUGGAGGAGUACGGGGCACCGUUCACGGCAGCAGCUCAGAAACUGCUGUGGGAAUAUCUGGAGAGACUGGAGAGAGCGUUGCCACAACCCAGGAUAGAUCAGCUGCUGGCCUGCACAGUGGAUGUGGCCCGGCUGCCACCAGAGGAACAAGCCCUUGUGUCCAUCCUGAAUCAUCACUCCGACAUUCCCCAUAUCCUCCUGGCCCUGAUUGAGAGGAUCCGGAAUCAGCACCAACAAGACCUGAGCACUGGAUCCUGGAGCAACAGGGACACCAGGAGCCACGCCGCAGUCCAGACAGUUUCUGGUGCUCAUACCUACGUUGAGAUGGGUUUGACUCGUGGGGAGGAACAGGCACCGGCCGGCGACACCGGGACACAGUGGCAAACGUCGGUCAGUGUCCACAGUGACUGCCUGGCGAGCGCAGCCACCACAGGAAACCAUCCUGCCUUUUCUGCUCUUCAUUUUGACUAUUCUCCGGAGGAAACCUCAGUCCUGGCGAUCCUGUCACCUCCAGAUCCGUUCCUCUCUCAGGCUUCGUGUCACCGAACUGUGGACACUGAAUCCAGGAGUGAAUCACCUGCAGGUCCACACUCUGCCCUGCCUGUCUGCAACACCCGGCACAGCCAGCCUCCGGCUCUGUGGAUUGUGGAUGGGGUAUUGGAUGGGUCGCCGGUACACCAGGGGCGGGGGGUGUCCGGGGGGCACGACUGGGAUCUGGCCUCUCUGCUCGGUGCCCCGCUCUCUCCUCAGGUUCAGAAGCAGCUGUUGAAUUCUCCCACUUUCCAGCCAAAGGUUGUGGUGGCUAGACUGACCCUGGGCCUGACUGAUGCCAGUGGUGUGAGGCAGGCAAGUAGAGCCUCACACAGCGCUGCUCCCAAGGCAAUGGAAGUGCUAUCUAGCCAGGCAGACAGCAGCUCAGUGCUCGGCUCCAGCAACCAGACCUCAGCCUCCAGCGAGGAAUCGUCCCACUCGGACCCCAGCGAUUACGAAUAUUUCCCAUUCUGCAGCCAGUUACCUUUGCACGUCAGACGCUCCCGAUGCCAGGAACGCCGAGCGGCGGCCAGGGUGCUGCUGACAACCGGCACCUGGUGA